AUGAUUCGUCAAAUGCUCCGCGUUUAUCGAAAACUUCAAGUACAACGGCGUAGCUUUCGUUCUAGGCUGUGCCAAUCAGAUCGUUACCGAUAUGCUAUUGCCAGUGGUGGAAGGCUUCUUAGCACGUCAGCAGUUGGCGAAUCAGUCGAAGAAUGCCCUCCAAGUGCUUACUGCUACAACAUGACUGCUAAUGUUGCGUUCUUUGUUGAUGCCAUAAAAGCAGGUUGCUCUACUUGGAGAUGUAUGCUGGCGCGCGACACAUGCAUUAGAACCACAUUCCAAAUGAUUCCGGUAAGCUUCUGCUGUUGCAGUCACGACCGCUGCAAUGUUGCCGAAAAUUUAGCUUAUGGUAUCAAAUUGAUUUCCAGUCGACACUCCAACCGAGUGACGCCUCAAGCUUUCAAACAAAGAAAACGCUUCCUCUUGGUUGCUUUGCAUCUUUGUUGCACAAUUUUUUUGCUACAACUUCUAGCUAUGAUAAUCUUCAGUCAUAACAUUUGUUUAGCAGCGCUACUGGAGGAAAUGGAAAAUUUGGUGAGAGUGGGAGAGACAGUAGCAACAUUGGUGGAAACGCAGGAGGAUGGGGAGGCGGAAAUGACGAUGGCGCCAAAGAGACCACCACUGUUUUUAGUACCUCCACCCACAAAGAGUCUAAGGAAGACUGCUCGUAGACCAUCGGUCGCAAGCUUAGAGUUAGUCAGGGAAAAACAAUACACUAUUUAUUUAGCAGCAACAAUGGAGGAAACGCAGGAGGAUGGGGAAGAGGGGAUCGCGGACGGACUACGUAAAGCCAUUAAUGAUUCGGAAAUGGCCAAUGCUGAAUUUAGGAACAAUGGCUAUAAUGAUAAUAACAACAACAAUUUUAAUGGUUGGGGGAACAAUUACGAUGAGAAAACGUAA